UUCCUCGCCGGGGCCGGAACGAGGGGCAGGGGCAGGGGCUCGGCGCGGGGAGACUCCAGAGAGGGAGCGAGCGAGCGAGGUGCUCGUGCAGCAGCAGCAGCCCCGUGGCCGGAGAGCCCUUCCUUGCUCGGUCGGACAUGGACCCUGCCCUGCGGAGGACGCGGGGGGAAGAGGGCGAGGGCCCGCCGCAGGAAGAAGAGGAAGAAGUGGACCCCCGCAUCCAGGGGGAGCUUGAAAAGUUGAAUCAGUCCACAGAUGAUAUUAAUCGGAGAGAAACCGAGCUUGAGGAUGCACGCCAGAAAUUCCGUUCUGUCCUGGUUGAAGCAACAAUAAAGCUAGAUGAACUUGUGAAGAAGAUUGGUAAAGCCGUAGAAGACUCUAAACCAUAUUGGGAAGCAAGGAGGGUUGCCAGGCAGGCGCAACUGGAGGCCCAGAAGGCCACACAGGAUUUCCAGAGGGCCACAGAGGUGCUGCGGGCUGCUAAAGAGACCAUUUCCCUCGCGGAGCAGCGACUGCUGGAGGAUGACAAGCGUCAGUUUGAUUCCGCCUGGCAAGAGAUGCUCAACCAUGCUACUCAGAGGGUCAUGGAGGCAGAACAGACAAAAACCAGAAGUGAGCUGGUGCACAAGGAGACGGCAGCCAAAUACAACGCAGCCAUGGGCCGAAUGAAGCAGCUGGAGAAGAAACUGAAAAGAGCUAUAAAUAAAUCCAAGCCUUAUUUUGAACUCAAGGCAAAAUACUAUGUUCAACUGGAGCAAUUAAAGAAGACUGUAGAUGAUCUUCAAGCAAAGCUAUUCUUGGCAAAGGGCGAAUACAAAACUGCCUUGAAGAAUCUGGAGAUGAUCUCUGAUGAGAUCCAUGAACGGAGACGGGCCUCUUCUAUGGGGCCCAGAGGAUGUGGGGUGGGUGCAGAAGGCAACAACGUGUCAGCAGAAGACCUUGCGGUGUGCAAGUUGGAGUCGGAUAAUAUCUCCAUGGCUUCAGAAGUUUUUGAAGAUGAUAACUGCAACAGCUUUGUGUCUGAAGAAGACUCUGAAACCCAGUCCGUAUCCAGUCUUAGUUCAGGUCCAACAAGCCCUUUGGACAUGCCAGCACAGUUUCUCCCAGUGGUGCGGCCUAGAAGCCUGGAUCUCUCCAGCCCUGUCUCACUAUCCGAGUUUGGAAUGUUUCCACUACUGGGACCUCGAAGUGAAUGCAGUGGGGCUUCCUCUCCCGAAUGUGAAAUUGAAAGAGGAGAUCGGGCGGAAGGGGCAGAGAACCAAACUCUUGACAAAGUGAAUAAGAACAGGAGCAGCAGUACCAGCUUUUCUUCCACCGGGCCAACACUGGAUAACCGGAUGAAGCAGCUUUCCCUUCAGUGUUUGAAAGUCAACGAUGGGAUUUGUGCGGACAGAAAAACAGUGCAGAUCGGUUGAACUCCUGUCCCAUUUGGAGCUCAAAAGAAAUCCUAAAUUAUUUCUACACAAACCUCUUCUGAACGUCAGAAGAACCUUGUGCCAAUAACUAUUUAAUAUAUGCCAAAUCUUUUAAGCGUUUACUCCUUAAACUGCACUAAGAGUUACAUCAGUGUUGAGGGCUCAAGUUAUGUGUGUUUUUUAAAAAGAAAGUCAUGACAGAAAUCUGUUACACAUUAUUGGCUGUGCUUGUUUUAGCUCACAGCCUUUGUGACGUGUUUUGUAGCAGUUUGGCAGAAGCAAUAAUGAGGACUGUGCCCUCAUAUGGAGUUCUGUGCCACUCGGGAGCUGAAGGACGAGCGAAACGUUUCGGAGUCGCUGGAAUCUGGUUUUUUUUUUUUUUGUGGUUAUCCAUUUUGUGAACUGGGCUGCUGUGUAGACAGAGUUGAAUUCGGAGGUGCCGGUGGCAUAUCCUCUUAAAAUACACCGUAUUUUACGUGUCUGCAUUAUGAUCAAAAUGGCAGAACUGUUGUACUGCAGACUGUGACAGGAAGCAGUUCCAUGUAGCAAAUCUGGAAACCUUUGCUCUGCUUCCACAGCUUGCAAGUGACGAGGGGAGACAUACCUUGAAGGUAACCUUUAAAAAGAAUGCCAGAUCCGUGACCUGUGUAGCAUUUGAGAUUUGGAUUGGCAUGGGGUGAAAUUCCGAAUCCAGCCAUCAGAAUGAAAUUGUACAUGUGACUGUUUUUAUCAUUGUGUGUGACACUUUUUUCCAGCACUUCAGUAUUGUGAUUUUGACACCUCAUUUAGGCAUGGAUAGGAAAAUAUUUUAAAACCUUGGGCCUACCAAGUAAAGGAUGAAGGGAGAUAUGCAUGAAGGGAUAGCAUCUCUGCAAGUUAGAGAAUUUCUGUAAGUCGUCAUGUAUAGGGGCUUUUAGACUAUUUAACGGGACCGGUAAUGGUUGCAUCCCUUGAACUUAACAGCUGAAUAAAGACUGGAAGGAGUCUGGGGCAUGCUUCAGCAAUAGCUGUUAGAGUAGAGAAGUCGAGUAGUUUCGCUAAUAAGAGGUAGUUUAAAAAGUAGGAUUUUUAAAAAGUGAUUUGCCACCUCUCAUAGACCUAACUUAUUAUUUUAGUUUGUGUUUAGCAUCUCCCCGCGCUCCCCCCUAUUGAUUCCUGGCCUACAAUCUUGUAUUUUGUCCCUAUUAUAGCUUGUAUAUCUAUUCUAAGAACAAAUGUAAAAACAUUUACACUACAGUAAACUGUUCUGCCACUCUUAAUUUUGUUUUCAUGUGUAGUAUGGUCAUAACGUGUGUUUUUAAUGCUUUAGAAAAACCCUUUUAUACUUGUUCCUCAAGUCAGUGGUUGUUCUAAGAUCUAUACCCCUGCCUUCCAUUUGUGCUUUUGACCGUCCACUUCAGUCAAGGAAAUGAAUUUUGCGAGUGCCAAAUGGAAUAAGUAAUAAAAGUGAAAACUAAAGUU